AGCUUUUAGUAAAUUACACUGUAAGCCGCGUGUUGAAAAUUUAAACAACCUUAAACGGCUUAAUACGUUUUAAUAGUCGAAUUUCUGGAAGUGAAUCUGACCAGGGAAGAAACAAAUAUGGCUAAUUCAACUCUUUCCUCUGACGCUUCAAGAAAGACAGAUUUGCAUGUGGAUACAUUUUAUCCGCCACCUGAAACACUGGCCUUUAAAAUCCCAAAGAUAGUCGUGUAUUGUUCGAUUCUUCUCGUCUGUACUACUGGAAAUGCAAUGCUGAUUGCGGUCAUUCUUAGCUCAAGACGCAUGAGAUCUCUACCGAGUAAGAUUCUCAUUUUAAACUUGGCGUUUGCCGACCUUUUAACUUUGAUCAUGAGCAUUCCAUUUGAUGUUGUACUGGAAGAAAAUCACUACGUCUGGCCUUAUGGAGCUGUUUUGUGCAAGUUGUUGUUCCCUGCAGCCACUAUGCUUUCGACUUCUUCAUCCCUCACUUUAGCCGCCAUUUCGCUGGAUAGGUACAAAACAUUGCUUCAUCCUUUCAAGUCAAAACUCUCGGUGACCCAAGUGAAAUGCAUCCUUGUAGUGGUGGAUUGGGUUUCUGUUUUAUUUGUCGUUCCAUACGCCGUGUUUCUUGGAUUACAGAACAACAUUUGCACAGAAGAAUGGCCAGGGUUUUUGUAUCGACAAAUAUACACUGUGUUUUUGGUCUCUGUUCAAUACGCCCUUCCCUUGCUAUUCAUGAUGACUAUGUACAUUCUCGCUUCUACAAAACUUUACGAUGCGACCAAGAAUGUAAGAAAAAUGUCAAUAUCUUGUGAAAACGACAGACGCACAUCUAUGUCCUUUAGAGAACGUCUCGUGCGUCGAGAAAGCUUUGCCGUGAGCCAGGAACAAAACGUAAAAGUCACAAAAAUGUUUGUUAUCAUUGUUGUUGCAUUUGCCAUUUGCACUCUUCCUAACCAAGUGCUGUGGCUAUGGAUCGAUUUUGGCAAAAAUGGUGAUGUCACCUCCUUUGCGAGAGAGAUUAUAAUCUGCCGGUUUUUCACUUACACUAACGGCUGUGUAAAUCCUAUUAUAUUUUUCACAUUUAGACGCGAUUAUCGUCGCGGUCUGCAUAAGAUCCUACGUAAAAUGACCGGGAGAAAACCAGAGACAAACUUCGAGAGGAUACGAAGGUUGUGGAGCAAAUUUGACAUUAGCCCGCAGGUUGGCAACGACACGAAGCUUAAGCGUCAGAGGAAAACGGGAAUUCAGGAAAGAAGUCCAUUCGUUGACGUAGAAAACUUAAAAUCCCCAAUCAAAAAAUGUGGCAAAUCGACACUACACUCACAACUACACAAACGUGAAUCUUUACAGGCAGAGCAAACACUAAAAGCCCGCCAUAUCAUUUCAACUACAAAUGGAAGAAAACUGUCUCAAUAUGAAAGCAUGGCAACUUCGUGGGUUUAGCCCUUUAUUUCCCAUAAGGGAUUGUUAAGUAACUUUUUCUCAGGAAAUCAUUUGGUGAUGUAAGAUAAUAAUAAUGAUAAUGAGGCAUUCACAUAAAACACUGCCUGUAUUAUUAAUCACGUUCUAAUGUGUUUUACAGCAAUUUGCGGGGGACUUUGGUUAGACUGCAUUGGGAAAGUUUAAAUUUUUUUCAAAGAAAAUUUUGCAGGUGUUCAAAUUAAGGAAUUUUUUGAAACAAGGCCAGCCAGAUCACAGCACCAAGAGCUACGUUCCUAUUCUUCGCGGGAAGAGCACGGGUUCUUUGCCAAGAAAGGAAACGAGAAAAAAGAGGUUAAUUUGCUAGAUGCCGAAAGUUAGACUUUUACAACACCUAACUCUAUUAAAUGUUAAUGACAGGAAGAAUUACUCACUUGCUGGUUGGUGUAGAAGAGAUUCGGAAAUGAUAUCGAUGUCGUGAAGCCCAUGCCCCUGGUAGAGAACGCCAUUACUCUGGUAGAAUGUUGUAUAGAGCUGAUUAAAUGAUAUCUGGUCUACUUAUA